AUGGGGUGGGCGCAAAAGCUCGCACCGCAGCACCGGCACCGGUUCAGGGGCGGCGUGCUCGGCCGGGAGAUGAUGCCGGCCGUCUUAGAAAAGGUGGAAUCGGCAGAGGACGAGGUGGAGAAGGUCUCGAUCGCGGCUGCACCCUUGCAGAUGGAGGGCAACGACGACCUCCGGCACGUCAUGCUCCAGGUGCUUGCUAUUGUGGGGUGA